AUGUUUUUCCUUUUACUCCUUAAUAAUGCGAGAUCUCUCGAUUUCAACUUCACCGGCAACCGUCUAACAAUAAAUGGAACAACACCAGAAGAUGAUAGUAUCUCAAAAUAUGAUAUAGACCAAAAUGCAAAAAAUCGUUGGUUUGAAGAGCUUUAUAUCGAAGGAAAAAUUAAAACACUAGAAUCAGACUGUUUUAGUGAUAUGGUAUGUAUAGCAAAAGUAGUAAUAAUUUCAAAUGUGACUGAUAUAAAAUCGAGAAGUUUUGCCAACUGUAUAAAUCUAACAGAAAUACAUUUUCCAUUAUCACUUAGAAGAAUUUAUGAGAAUGCUUUUCAAUCGUGUUCCUUUGAAACAAUUGAAUUUCCACAAGAACUAGAAGAAAUUAAAGAUUUAGCUUUUGAAGAAUGCAAGUCCUUGAUUACAGUUAUUUUUGAUGGAGAUAAUAUCGAUAUUUCAGCAGCAUCUUUCUCCAAUUGUCCAAAUCUUACAACAAUAAAAAUCACGAGCGAAACAUACUAUCAAUUUUACAAUGGUGCUGUUUACAAAGAAGAUUACACAACUCUUGUUAUGUAUCCACCAGCAGAAACCAAGCUUUCAUUACAUCCAAACGUGAAAGUAUUUCAAUAUUAUGCUUUUGCUUCAUCGGCUCUAGAAGAACUUCCUAUACCAAGUACAGUCGAAUCAAUAGAGCACCAUUGCUUUAUUAACAUGAAUAAAAUAAAACAAUUCAAAAUUCCGAAAUCCGUUAAAAAUUUCAGCUCCACAUUAUUCUACAAAUGUUCAAAUCUUGAAAAAUUAGAGAUUGAGUGUAAUAUUAAAACAAUUGACCCAUUCUUUUGCUCAUCGAAUACGAAUUUAACCGAAGUUAUCUUACCGGACACUGUAGUUGAAAUAGAACAAUUCGCGUUCACUAACUGCAAACAUCUGAGUAAAAUAAGGCUUCCUUCCAGCUUAAAAUCCAUAAAAGAAAAAGCAUUUUCAGAUUCAGGCCUGGAAAUCAUCGAAAUGAACGAUGACUUAUCCGAUAUCGGUAACCAAGCAUUCAAAGGUUGUUCAAAAUUGACAACGAUUAAGUUUAAUUCAAAAAUCAAAUCAUUGAGGCCAGGAGUUUUCCAGAGUUGCACAGGACUGAAGUCAAUCGAACUCCCAAGUAAUGUAGAAGAGAUCGGAUACGGUUUAUUCCAAGGAUGUUCAAGUCUUGAAAAAAUUAUUUUUCAUGGCCCAGUUAAAAUAAUGAAUAACACUUUUGUUUAUUGCACGAGCUUGACAACCGUAGAAUUGCCGAAUUCACUCACCAAUAUUGGUAGUUUGGCGUUUGCUUACUGUUCGAAAUUAUCCGAAAUCGUAAUACCUUCUAGCGUCAAGGUAAUUGACGGUUCCGCAUUCUCCUAUUGCGAAAAACUUCAAAAAGUGACGUUUAAAGGUUCAAUUGAUUUGAUAUGUUCCUGGGCAUUCUCUUAUUGCACUUCUUUGAAGCAUAUAUCGCUCCCUGAGAUAUCCGAAAUGGAAUGGUCUGUGUUUUAUGGCACAGGUCUCGUUGAAAUUACGAUUCCCGAUAAUUUAUUAACAAUUCCUGACGAUUGCUUCAAUAAUUGCGUUGAUUUGAAGACAGUUGUACUCGGAUCUAACACGGGAACCAUCAGCGAAAGAGCUUUUUCAAAUUGUAUCAGUUUGGAAACGGUAAAAUUCAAUGAUAACCUUGUUGUCAUCGAAAACUACGUAUUUACAAACUGUACAAGCUUGAAAUCAGUUAAAUUCGGCCAUAAACUUAGUAAUAUUUACAGAUUUAUUUUCCAAGACAGCGGAAUUGAAGAAAUCAUCAUUACAAGUAAUCCUGAGCUAGAUACAUAUUGUUUCUCACGCUGUCCGAAGCUUAAAAGUGUAGAUAUUGGUAAUGUUUACAGAUUGCCAUUCCACUGCUUCGAAAACAGCAGUAUUUCAGAGAUAAUAUUACCACCGCAGCUAACAGAAGUCAGAGAAGAUGCUUUUACAAACUGUAAACUCAAAAAUGUUACAAUUUUAGGAAAUGCAAACUUAAGAAGCCGUUCUUUCUUCAACUGUGGUGAAAUUGAAACCCUAUACAUCUCUAAAAUCUCACAAAUAGCUGAAGACGCCUUUAGCGGAACAACAAUUAUUUCAAAAUUAAUUUAUUGCGGAAACCAAACGUUGGAUUACAAUUUGAACAACGUCAAAUCAGUUGUUGUAUCUGGUUUCUACCGUAAGAAAGUAUUUGGAGGAGUUUCUGUCACUGUUGAUAAGAAAAUUUGUGGAACACCUCCUCGCGACCCAUUAGAUAGGUCACUUAUUAUCACCAUCUCAGUUGUUUGUGCUGCCAUCGCUUUUUCAGUCAUUUCUAUCAUUAUUUUCUGUUAUUGGUCAAAGCGUCGUGAGCGCUUCUCCAGAGAAAAGCUUAGUGAGUCACUAUUAAGUCAAGUGUAA